UCCGCGCAUUUUCAAGAAGGUGUCAGUCUUAUUCGGCUCGUCGGAAGGUUCAGUUGGAUCGUUCACAAUGAAGAGCUCUUCCCUCGCUGUGGGAUUAUUCUUGAUCGCCAUCUUCGGUAGCGUCUUUGCUGAAGACAUUGGACCUGACACAUGUGGUCAAGAUCGGAAAGUCCUCUCUUCUUGGUUCAUUAGCCAUGGAUCCCCGAGACUCCUGCUCGCUCCGCUUCCUCCACUUUUUAUGAACGUCACCGAGGAUCCCUAUGAGGAUCCAAACAAGCCACCCCUUUCACCUGAAGACAUUCCGGGGUUCUGUGCCAUGCAAUGGAGCAACGAGACUGAUCCAGAAUCCGGAAAUCGACUCUACACCCUUCAGAAUUUCGACACGGUGGUGGAAGCGCAAUCUGCGGGAUUCAUCAUUACCCACGAAGGUCAAUGUGCAGCUUGCUCCAGCCUUCAAGACCUUGGAGUCUACAUGUCCAGGAAUUUGACCACCCCAACUCGUUGGUGUGGCGUUUUAGGCCUAUUUUCACCCGAGUUGGAAAUUCAGUGCAUGAAGGAUUUGGGAUUCAGCGAGGAAUGUGCCUCAAUCUGGCAUUGGAACGUGAAGAACACGAGAAGCAAAUGCUUGGAGGUAUGCAUCAAAUCUUUCAUAGAAGACGAGCCUUUCAAUAAGCCAGACGGAUCCUUGAACGAUUGUCUCCAAUGCGAUGAGGAUUUGUCUGGUCCGAACUUUAAGUACUAUAGUGGACGAACCCGUCGAAAUUCUGGAAUCCCCAGCGCAAUUCAACGACCAGAAUCUCAAAUCUAUGAUAUGGAACAUUGCUAUUGGUAUGGCACUUUGGAUUUCCCCUCUGACAACUCAACCGAAUCAAUCUGGUCUGAAGCAUUAGAGUUUCUUGGUUAGAUGUUUUCACUGUGUUUGUUUUGGAAUUGUUUGUAAAAACAAUAAAGAAAUUGGAGAUAUUUUUAAUAUACCUAAAUGCAAGCAUA